AUUCGUUUUGAGUCUUUCUUUUUGGCGUGGCGUCGGACUAAGAAGGUUGUCUCCGUUGAAGUGUUAGUAACGUCAAAAAGUGUAUUUUUUAAGAAUCAAUUUAAUUAUAUAGUGUUAAAAUGAGACCCCAGCAAAACGGUGAUGAUGGCUUUGACGAGCCCGAAGUUCAUCGUAAAAUCUUCAUCGGCGGUCUAAACUACCGUACUACGGACGAAUCUUUAAAGUCACAUUUUGAAAAAUGGGGCGAGAUUGUAGAUGUCGUCGUUAUGAAAGAUCCCAAAACCAAGAGAUCCCGUGGAUUUGGCUUCAUCACAUAUUCCAAGGCGCACAUGGUGGACGAUGCGCAAAAUAAUAGGCCGCAUCGCAUUGAUGGACGUGUUGUGGAAACGAAACGAGCAGUUGCUCGACAAGAUAUAAAGAAUCCUGAGGCUGGAGCAACUGUCAAAAAGUUGUUCAUUGGUGGCAUUAAGGAUGAUCAUGAUGAAGAUCAACUUCGCGAGUAUUUCUCAAAUUACGGAACCGUUCAGAAUGUUAGCAUAGUCACAGACAAAGCUACAGGAAAAAAAAGAGGAUUUGGUUUCGUUGAAUUUGAUGACUAUGAUCCUGUUGAUAAAGUUUGUUUGAAUGCUCCUCACAAGAUUAAUGGAAAACAAUUAGAUGUUAAAAAAGCCCUUCCUAAAGAUGGCUCUGAACAAAGGGGUGGAAGGGGAGGAGGACAAGGCAGAAAUGACAACUGGGGAAAUUCUGGUGGCUAUGGAAAUAAUCAGGGGGGAUGGAAUAAUUCCAACCCUUGGGAUAACAAUCAAGGAGGCUGGGGUGGUAACCAAGGGGGUGGUGGUGGCGGCGGCGGUGGUUAUGGAGGAGGUGGCAACGGCCGAGGGGGCUGGGGAAACCAGGAUUUUGGAAACUAUGGCCAACAGAGUUACAGUGGGGGCCCAACUAGGAACCAACAAUACAGCAAUAAUCGUUCCGCACCUUACAGUAUGAACCAGGGUGGUGGUGGCGGUGGCGGCGGCGGCGGAUAUGGUGGCGGCAACUACGGCGGAGGUCAAGGUGGACGUGGAGGUCGUUUCUAAUUUUACGUUUCGUGCUAAGUACACUAGUAAAGCAGAGUUAACCGUGCUAGUGUAGGCAGUACGCUCCGGAGCACUAGUUACACACCUCACGGUCCACACGCGAGACCACCUAGGAGAAGCCGUCAGGAUACCAAUAGACUAUGUAGCUGGACCGUUAACUCGUUAUUUUAGACAAUUAUGAUGAUAGCUAUAUUUAAAUGUGUACCGAUUUUGUAAGUUCGUCUUCUAUUUAUUGUAGUACUUAGGUACUUACCGUGACAUAUUUAUAAGGAUAUAGUUAAUGUGAAAUGGAAAUUAGUAACGUUUUAACGAAUAAUAAUAAGUACAAUGUAGGAGUAAUCUUUGUAAGUUUCCUAAACGAUAGACGCUAGGUGAACAAGAUCAGAGUUAAUUUAGAUGUUGACAUUUUAUUUUCUUAAUUUCACUCAGUAUUUUCCUAAUAAGUUCUCAAAUAGCUGUUACAUGGAAGAUUAUAGGUUUAGUUUAAAAUUAUUGACUUCUAGGAUAAAGCUAAUGUAAAAUAAAUUU